UGGUAACGACAGACUGUCGUUAACUGUCGAGAAACCGUCUGGGCCGCCAUGUUCUUGCGGGUAAACGUGCCAGCUUGGAACAUUAGAGGAGUUUUGCGUUAGACGUUUGUAAUUGCGCCCAACAUUUCAGAGGAGUAUUUACCUGCGCCACAAACACCUGAACGCAUUGUUAAACUCAGAGCGGCCGCGGUUACCGGCAUGCCUAAGAAUAAAGGUAAAGGAGGUAAAAACAGGCGCAGGGGUAAGAAUGAGAAUGAAUCUGAAAAAAGAGAAUUGGUGUUUAAAGAGGAUGGACAAGAAUAUGCUCAGGUCAUCAAAAUGUUGGGAAAUGGAAGAUUGGAAGCAAUGUGUUUUGAUGGUGUAAAGAGGUUAUGUCAUAUCAGAGGAAAAUUGAGAAAAAAGGUUUGGAUAAAUACCUCAGAUAUUAUAUUGGUUGGUCUUCGUGAUUAUCAGCAAAGAUUAAUGAAACUGAUACAUUUGGUCCUGGAGAUGAUGAUGAAAUCCAGUUUGAUGACAUUGGAGAUGAUGAUGAAGACAUUGAUGAUAUCUAAAUUGGUCUUACAAGAGUUUCUGAGGAUUAUUCUACAGUUUGAAUUUCGGUCAUCACCUGUUAAGAUUAAAACUUCAUUCAAGAUGAAUGUAGUCUUAAGACACACUGAUUUAUUUUAAUUGUUUUAAAGUAUUUAUUAUAUUUCUUUAAACAACUGAUGAAGCUGAAUUAUUUUAAGUAAAAUGUUAACACUGUUCUUUUAAUGUAAUGGAAUGUAGGGGUAAAAGACCAUAAUAUCUACAUUAAAACACUUGGAAGGGAGAAAGAAGAAAAGAGAUGCCUUUACCACUGUAAUUAGUUUACUUCCAGUUCCUGGAUGUUUUAAAUAAAUUGCUGUAUCAUUAUGGACUGUGAUAAGCCCCAGUUCCUGCUAUCUCUUUACAGAGUCUUUCUCUAUAUUCUGAUUUGCCUAAAUGUUCUCUUGAGAUUUUUGAUAAAAUUUAAGGAAAGCAGAAAUCUGCAUUUAUAUUAACAAAGGGGGCUGCUUUUGUAUGUGUGUAGCCAAGUGUAUUUUUAUACUAAGUUUGGUGACAUAUAUUCUUUUCAUCAUUUGAUGUUGCCACCCUCAUAAUAAAGACAUUGCCAAAAUGCAGUUUUUAGAACACGGGUUUGAGUAGUUAUUUUGAUUUUGUGAUAUCAGUAGUUCAAAAUUCAAUGCUCGGUAACUGCUGUCUUAACAUUGCUUAAUACUGAAAGUAUUGAUAUAUUUGAUAAAAGUGUUUUUACUUAGUAUAUUUAGAAAAUUUCUAAGAUAAGAUAACAAAAUUAGAUUCUUUUUUACUAUAGAAAAUAGAUUAUAUAUGUUUCAUUUCAAAGGUCACAUUGUAACCUAUAGUUUUGAGUUUAAGAAUGAUUAAAUUUAAAUGUAUAAAUGAAACUCUUAAUUUCAUAAAAAAUUUUAGAAACUAAGCUUUCUUAAACUAUCCCUUAGCUUAGAGUAAGAGGAAGGAACUACAGCUAAGAAAUACAAUAAAAUUUUACAUUGAGUAUGUUUUGGCCUCAC